GCUAAAUAGCUAAACAGAAACUGUGGCUGUCGCCUUAAAGAGGGGAAUAGCUCAUAAAAAAUAGCGUUUUUAAAACAUGAAUUUUAUAAAGACAUAGCCCGACUUCGUAUUUCUGUCACGAUGUUGUGCUCGAGUGUGAAUGCUGUGAGGUCGACGCUGUCCUUACACAAGCUGUGCCUCCUCUCCCUUCUAAACCUGAGACAUCAGCUCCAUCAUUGCCUCCUGGAGUCAUGGAGCAGACCUCCACACUGUGGCACUAUUCGCUGCCUCUCCUCCACUCUGGAUUCAGCUCCUCCUCCCACACUGGCUGACUCCUCUGAGUGCUCUGAACCAGAACCGAGCCGCAGCCCCUCUACAUGGACUCCACAGCAGGGUCCACCUCCUGCUCCCACUCACUGCUGCAUGAGUGGCUGUCAUAACUGUGUGUGGAUCGAACACGCAGAGCAGCUGCUGGAGUAUUACACCGACGGAGGGGAGCGGGCGCUCGCUGCUAUUGAGGAGAACGUCCUCGAUGAAAACUUGAAAACGUAUCUAAAGAUGGAGAUCAGACUUUUAAAGAAGAAAUGACAGACGAAUUUACUGCCUCAGAUAAAAGCUUUCACUGUCAGACUGUGAGCACUUUAUACACUGCAAAAACUCCAAUCUAAGCAAGUUUAUUUUUAAAAUUUCAAGGCAAAAUAUCUCUUUACACUUACAAAGCAGCAUUCAUCUUACAAGUCAGAAGAUGAGGUCUGCACUGCUUGUGAUAAAAACCUGCCAACAGGAUUGUCAAAUCAGUCUUGUAGUUUUCAUUCAACCAGUGAGACGAUCCCUGAGCAGGCUUUUGGCUCUGGUAUCAACCGCCUAGCCCAGCAGUGUUUGUCGCUCAGUAUGUAAGUUUUGGACCAAUGGUUCUCAACUGGUCCAGCCUCAGGAUCCACCGGUCUGUCUUACGACAGAUCGCAACCCAAGUUUCCAAAAACUUUUCAACAGUGCAUCGUUAGUUAUUUAUAUAUGUUGCAGUUCAGAGCAUGAUUGGACCAAAACACCUGAUGUGAAAAAGAAAAGGGACAAAAGUGACAAAUUUUAUACCCUUUUUCUUGUCAUUAUGUGUCAAUUUUUGCCAAUUUUCCAGAGAACUUGUGAAAGUACUUCAUCGUCAUGGGAAAAGUAGCUAUUUAUUGCAGUAAGAGGUAAAUUAGAUAAAUUAGUUAAAAUACUGAUCAAAAAUUUAGUUUUAUCCAAUUUCAUACUAAACAGGGUAAAAUAAAAGGUAUCAGUGCAUGUCCAAUAAGGACUUCAGGACUUUUGCCACCAUAAUUUUUUUUUUCCGGACACCGUCGCAACCCACUGAAAACUGCUCAG